AUGCCCACUGUCCUCACACUGGCUGGGUUGAUUCUGGCUCUGUCCAUCCCGAGUGCCAGGCUUGAGUCAGCUGAGCUGAGGUUCCUGGGACAGACGGACUUCGUGGUCAACGAGAGCAUCCGCACCGUGGUCCGCCUGGUGGUGGAGAGGAUCGGAGACCCGGUCAACGUGACCACACUGGUUCUGUUGGAGGGAGAUGACACAGGGGACUUUGAGGCCACCACGGCUGCAGCCUUCCUGCUGUCGUCAGAGGCCAGUAAGACCAUCUUCAUCGCUGUAAGGGACGACGAGCUGCCCGAGGCCGACGAGACCUUUGUCUUCAACCUAAGACUACAGAGCUCCUCCAAUGGCGUGAGACUGGGGACCCCCAACAGAGCCACUAUCACCAUCCUGUCCAAUGACAACGCCUUCGGAAUAAUUUCCUUCAACUCCACUGAACAGAUUGUCGUGGAUGAGCUUAGAGGUAGGAGCCAGUAUGUGCCUCUCAGCCUGGUCAGAGAGAAGGGGACGUAUGGGACAGUGACGGUCAACUUUGAGAUCUCUGGAGGCCCUAACUCUGCCCUGGAGGACCUCAGUCCAGACCGGGGGAACAUCACCAUCCCACCUGGACGGGCUAUGGUGGUCUUCAGCAUCCUCAUCCAGGAUGACCAGAUCCCUGAGGAUGACGAGGUGUUCACAGUAAAGCUGACGGGCGUGGCGGGCGGGGCACUCCUCAACCCCAACGGCAGCAGCGUGGAGCUGAAGAUCCGCCGUAACGACAGCCCCUUGCGCUUCUCCCUGUCCCUGGUGGCCGUGGCCGAGAACGCCGGGGUCAUCUCCCUGACCGUGACCCGCGGCAGCCUGGCUGACCACGGCCGUCUGGUGGGCUCCGACGACACGGAGGUCUCUGUAGACUACGUGGUCGUCAGUGGCGAAGGGGCGGGCAGCGCCACACCGGCAGUGGAUUUUGUGGACCUGCAGACGGUGCACAGGGUGACGUUUCCCCCGCGGGUUUACGAGGUGCAACUGCUCUUCAGAGUCAACGAUGACAAGGUGCCGGAGAUUGCAGAGUCGUUCCAAGUGGAGCUGCUGGAGGAGACUGUGAGAGGAGAUGCCGUGCUGAUCCCUCCCAAAGCCAUCCUGGUCACCAUCGAACCCAAUGACAAGCCACACGGGGUCCUGUCAAUCAGCAGCAGCCCUCUCACUCAGCCAAUCAGUAUCAACGAGGAUGUGACGGACAGAUUUGACGGUAUCUCCGUUGUGAGGAACGGUGGGAACUAUGGCGACGUCUCCGUCAACUGGACCAUCAGUCGGAACUCCAGUGACCGCUCGCCCGUGUCAGAUGACCUGAGCCCAGAAAGGGGCAUGUUGCGGUUCAGGGCGGGUCAGAUGAGUACGGCCCUGCUGUUGAACAUCACAGCGGACAAGCUUCCAGAGGAGGCCGAGGCCUUCGUCCUCCGACUGCUGCCGGACACUGUGCAGGGAGGGGCCGAGGUGGACGAGCCUAUGGAGAUGGUGUUUUACAUCCAGGACAGUGAUGAUGUGUACGGCCUGUUCCUCUUCCACCCCGAGAAGACCCAGACCAUCCAGAGUCGACCCGACAGCCGCUUCCUGUCCCUCAGCUUUCUGCGGGAGGGGGGUACCCUGGGGGAGGUGGCCCUGUCCCUGACCGCCCUCUACAUCCCUGCUGGGCCCGUGGACCCUGGGCUGGCCCGGGACAGGGUGCUGAACGCUAGCCGCUCUACUACCGUGCUGUUCUCUCAGGGCCAGGACCAGGCCAGACUCACCCUGCCUAUCCGCAACGACGCCUUCCUGCAAAACGGAGCCCACUUCCUUAUCCAGCUGGACAGUGUGGACCUGGUCAGUAUCAGCCCUCCGAUCCCGUCUGUGAGUCCUCGCUUCGGAGGGGCGGUCAACCUCACCCUCACAGUCACCCCUGACAUCGCAAAUGGGGAGAUUGGCUUUACCAGUAACACUACGGUGGUGGUGUAUGAGCCAGAGGACACCAACACUAGCACGGUGACCCUCAGCCUGCGGCGGGAUGGGACAGAUGGACAGGCUGUGGUAUUCUGGAGCCUUCGACCAAUCGGAGACAACCAGGUUGACGUCACCCCUGACGACCUGAAACCCCUGAGCGGCUCAGUGGUGUUCCUGACUGGACAGAGUGACGCGGUCAUCAACGUCACCGUCAUGGCCGACAACAUCCCAGAGGUCAACGAGACCCUUCUCCUCACCCUGGACAGGACUAACGUUGAGAACCAGAUCCUGAAGCCUGGCUUCACCCGUCGAGAGAUUGUCAUCGUGGAGAACGACGACCCAGGUGGAGUCUUUGAGUUCUCCUCCUUCUCCAGAGGACCCUGGUACAUCAACGAGGGUGAGGCUGUGGAGCUGCGUGUGAUCCGGACCAAGGGGCAGCUGCUCAAACAGCUGGUGCAGUACGCCCUCAUUCCCUCGGGCUACACAGAGUUCUACGGCGCUAUCGGUAUCCUAGAGUUCAAGCCCGGGGAGAGGGAGGUGCUGGUAGCACUGGUGGCACGGCCUGACGGGGUCCCCGAGCUGGACGAGACAUUCUCGAUGGUACUCAGCAGCUACAGCACUCCAACCAGUCGCCUUGGCGACCACCGAGAGGUCAACAUCACGGUGCGCAGGAACGACGACCCCUUCGGGGUCAUCGAGUUCAUCCGUUCUGGACUGGCAGAGGCCAUCAACGAGAGCAAAGGCUCCCAGUCUCACUCAGUGGCCUAUCCCGUGAUGAGGAACAGGGGUCACUUCGGGACGGUGUCAGUGUCCUGGGUCCUAGAGCCCCACAUGUCUGCUGACGUCAGUCCCGUACAGGGAUACAUUGUGUUUGCUGAGGGGGAGUAUAUGAAAAACCUCACCCUCUUCUCUGUACCUGAUGAGAUCCCAGAGGCAAUGGAGAAUUUCACCAUCACUCUCCUUAAUGCGACAGGGGGAGCAAGACUUGGGAACAUACUCAACGCCAGCUUGCACAUAAACAAAAACGAUAACCCGAUUUACUUUGCAGAGCCUGUGGUUGUCAGGCUUCAGGAGGGGGGCGUGGCUAACUUCACCGUUUUGAGGGCUGGUCCGGCUGACUUUGUUGCCACGGUGAUGUAUCGCGUGGACUAUGGCGAGGCGUCACCUCGUGACUUGGCCCCGCUGAGUAACAACACUGUGCUGGUGUUUGGCGUGGGACAAUGGAUGAAGAACAUCUAUGUAGUCGUGGAGGAGGACGACAUACCUGAGACCGAAGAACCGUUCUAUAUCAUUCUCUACAACACUACAGGUGACGCUGUUGUGUAUGGGGCGGACACAGCAACAGUGGUGAUUGAGGCCAAUGAUGAGGCCAACGGAAUAUUCUCCCUGGAAUCGACAGAGAGGCCUGUGAAAGAGGGCAAUACCAACAACUUCUAUGUUAUCAGGGCCAGGGGACACUUUGGCAACGUGACGGUGUUCUGGCGCCUUUAUGCCAAUAACACAGCCCUGGAGCCUGGUCAUGAGUUCAUCAACACCUCUGGCUCCAUCACCUUCACCACGGGAGAGGAGACCAAGCCCAUUGUCCUGCAGGCCAUCUCAGACCAGCUCCCGGAGUUCAACGAGUUCUACGUCCUCAGACUCAUCAACAUCUCAGGUGGUUACCCUGGCGAGGGGGGCCGAUUGGCUACUACAUCCCUCAAUGCAUCCGUCCUGAUACCCUUCAACGAUGACCCCUUUGGAGUGUUCACCAUAGCUGAUGACAACCUGGACCAGGAAGUGGCUGAGGACGUCCUGUCAGAACUGGACAUGUCUGAUGUCACUUCCUUCAACAUACUGCGGCAGCAGGGCACCUUCGGGGAUGUGCGGGUUGCCUGGGAGAUCGUAUCCGACCGUUUCCCUCUCGGCCUCCCUCCUAUGCAGGACCUCCUUCUCAGCGCCUUCUUCCCCAAGGAGGUGGAGCUCAGGCCCAACUCCAGGAGGCACCACUCAGGCACCGACGCCUGGCUCUUCUCGGGCCGCCAGGGGGCCUACGGCACCAUCAGCCCAGAGGACGGGCUUGGCAACCUGGCUAACUUCACCUUCUCGGCCUGGCUGAUUCCCAGGCUGGACACCAACGGCUUCAUCGUGUCUAAGGGUAACAGUAACAGGACGUUGUACUAUGGGGUGAAGGUCCAGACUAAUGAGUCUCAUGUGAGCGUGAUGCUGUACUACACAGCCCUGGGGGCCAACUACACCCAGGUGGCCCGGACCACGGCAGAGAGGUUUGUGGAGGACAACGUGUGGCUCCAUGUGGUGAUCACGGCGGGUGAUGGAAUGAUUGAGUUCUUCCUGGAUGGGAACCUCAUGCCCGGAGGGGUCAAGAGUCUAAAAGGAGAGGCCAUCACUGACGGUUUAGCUCCGGUGCGGAUCGGCUCGAACCCCUACGGAGAGGAGCGUUACACGGGCCUCCUGCAGGAUCUGCGUCUCUACCACAGCAGACUGACUCGCUCAGAGAUCCACGAGCUCCACGCGCAGCCCGCCAAGACGGACCUGAUGAACAUCUCUGGCUACCUGCAGUACAGGCAGGACGAGAGGCAGAAGGCCUUUUUGGUGAAGGUGCGGGACGACAAGGAGGAGGAGGGGGAGGAGGUGUUCUACUUGCAGCUGGUGGCGGCCCACGGGGGGGCGCGCCUCCCCCUCCCCCGCCCCACCGCCACCCUACGGGUGAUGAAGAGUGACAACGCCAACGGCUUCUUUGGCUUCACCGGCACCUGCAUACCAGACACGUCAGAGGAAGGCUCCACCAUCUCCUGUGUUAUUGAGCGGACGCGCGGGGUUCUGGACAACGUCUAUGUGAACUACACGGUCACUCAGCUUAACUCAGACAGCCAGGCUCCGGCCCACCAGGACUUUGCCAAUGCCAGCGGCUCGGUGCUCUUCCUUCCCGGUCAGCGCUCUGAGGUCCUGAACCUGCUGGUGUUGAAUGAUGACACCCCUGAGUUCGCAGAGUCCUUCCAGGUCACUCUGGUGUCAGCAGAGUCAGGCGAUGGGAAGCCAGGCUCCACCCCCACCAGUGGGUCCAGCAUCAAUCUUGACAACUCAGCUACCAGUGUCACCGUCAUGGCCAGCGACCAUCCCUACGGUCUGCUCCAGUUCCAGCCGAGCCUGCCGGCUGAGGGCAUAAUCCGCCCGGCAAGAGAGCCUGCCCACGUCACGGUCAACGAGGAUGAUGGCGAGGUUCGCCUGCUGGUGGCCAGGGCCCAAGGCCUCCUGGGAAGAGUCAUGGUCGGCUACAGGACCUCACCGUUUACCGCCGCCAGCCCCGAGGACUAUGAGGACUCAGACGGCAUGCUAGACUUCUUGCCAGGAGAACGCUUCAAGUACAUCAGUGUGACCGUCAUAGACAACCCUGUCCCUGAGUUGGACAAGGUGUUCAGAGUGGAGCUCUACAACCCUGACGGAGGAGUGGGUCAGUUCCUUCGAAGUGAAGGCAGUGGCAGUGGAGAAAGUGACACUGACUUCUUCCUCUUGUCCUCUCACCACCGUGCCAGCUUGGGAGUUGCCUCCCAUAUCACUGUGACCAUCGCUGCCUCUGACGACGCACACGGAGUGUUUCAGUUCAGCCUGGACUCUCUGUCUGUCAAUGGCACUGAGCCUGAGGAGGGACGCAGCACUGUGCUGCUGCAGGUGAUGCGGUUGUUUGGUGCCUUGUCCAACGUAACUGUAUUCUGGGAGGCUGAUGUCAGCUCUGAGGAAGACCUCAUCAGCAGGGCCGGGAACAUCACCUUCCACGUGGGCCAGACCAGGGGGGAGAUUGAGCUCCAGGUGGCCCAGGACGAGGUGCCGGAGCUGGACAAGAGAUUCGGUGUGUCCCUAGUCAACGUCUCCCAUGGGCGUCUGGGUGUGAGGACUGAGGCCACUGUGACCGUGCUGGCCAGUGACGACCCCUAUGGAGUGUUUGUGUUCUCGGAGAGCAGCAGGCCGGUCCGCCUGCCUGAGGGCCACACCCUGGUCACCCUCACCAUCUACAGGCAGAGGGGGCUGAUGGGAAGGGUGCGCGUUACGUACGGGACCCUGAGUGAGGCUGACGCCGCCCCCUUCAUGACCCCGGGGGUGGGCCGGGCCAACGAGGGGAAUGACUUUGUCCCCCUCCUGGAGUCGGUGGUGUUCACAGCCAAUCAGAGUGAGGCUAAAGUAACCCUUCGAGUGCUGGAUGAUGAAGAGCCUGAGAGGGAUGAGUCUGUAUUCAUGGAGCUGAUCAGUGUCAAUCUCAUAGGAGGAGGACAGCAUGAGAGAUUAAUUGUCCAGUCUCCUCGUCUUGGUCCGAAGGCAGAGAUCGUGGCCCAGGUCAUAGUAGAGGCCAGUGAUGACGCCUUUGGGUUUCUGCAGCUGUCCGCCCCUGCCGUCAACGUGGCCGAGAACUAUGUUGGACCCAUUAUCAAUGUCACACGCAUUGGGGGAAUUUUUGCUGACGUAUCUGUGAAGUUCAGAGCUGUACCAAUGACUGCCAGAGUUGGUGACGACUACAGCGUAGCGUCCUCUGACGUGGUUCUCCUGGAGGGGGAGACCAGUAAGCCAGUUCCCAUCUACAUCAUUGAUGAUGUGAUUCCUGAGCUGGAGGAGACCUUCCGCAUCGAGUUGCUCAACGUCACCACAGGGGGUGCUAAACUGGGGGUGCUCACCCGCACCAUCAUCACCAUCCUGCCCUCCGACGACCCCUUUGGGGCCUUUGUAUUUCAGGCUGCUCCCGUCACCAUAGAGGAGCCAGGGGUGAACUCAUUCCAGGUGACACUGCCCAUCGUGCGAAACGCUGGGGCCAUAGGGACCGUAGUUGUCCAGUGGCGAGCCACGGUGAACGGCAGAGCAGCAGUAGGGGACCUCCGGCCUGUGUCAGGAGAGGUCACCUUUGCGCCAGGAGAAACUAUGAAGACGUUGAAAGUUGAGGUCCUAGCAGACGAUGUGCCGGAAAUUGAGGAAAUAAUCAAGGUGGAAUUGACUAGUGCCACUAAUGGAGGAAACAUUGGAAGAGACAAAACAGUCAAUAUCAUUGUCCCAGCCAAUGACAACCCGUAUGGAACGGUCUACUUUGAGCAGUCUGUGUAUCAAGUGCAGGAACCUCUCGAGGGAAUUUUUGUGGCCAACAUUACUGUCCGUCGAAGUGGUGGUCAUUUUGGCCGAGUGGAGGUCCUCUACAGCACCUCAGAGAUAGACAUAGUGAGCAUGGCCCAGACUGAAGGCCAGAACCUGCUGUUGUACUACAGCCCCCCGGUGUCAGGAGUGCCCUCUGGCGCCCCCCGCAGGCCAGUCAACAUCAGCUCCCAAGGGGACCCCCUGGUUGUCUGUGCUGCUGCCUGCCUGAGGGAGAGAGCCUGCCAGGCCUUCUCCCUGUCUCCUCCUGGGGGAUCUUCCCCCAUGGCCUCCUGCACCUGGGUGACCAGCGGGGCCACCCAGCUGACCGCGUCCGCCCAGACCCUCACCUACACCAAAAACACCACGGCCACCACCGCUCUCUUCAGCUCGCAGGCCGUGGCUGGGAGUGACUACACUACGACAGCACAGACAGCCAUCUUGGAGGACGGCUCAGGUGAAGCCAACCUGACCGUGCCCAUUCUGACGGACAAACUCCCCGAAAUGGACGAGAGCUUCUACAUCCGCAUCCUGAAGGUGGUGCUGGUGAACUUGACGGUGGCUCAGAAGAACCUGCCCUCCAUAGGGCAUCCGGACAAGGCAGUGGUCACAAUAGGCAUGAAUGGGGAUGCCUUUGGGGUGUUUCUCAUCUACAGCCUCAGCCCUAAUGCUACACAGGACGGGCUCUAUCUGGAGGUGAGGGAGGAGCCACGUGUGUCAGUACCCCUGGUCAUAGAGAGGAGGGGGGGCAGCCUAGGGCAGGUGACUGUGGAGUGGAGGUUCGUGGGUGGAAUGGCUACACCGGGCACUGACUUCACCGGGACUGGAGAAACACUUGUCUUUGCCGAUGGCGAUUUUAAGAAGAACAUUGAGAUAGUGAUCGUGGAUGAUUUGGAGCCCGAGGACAGCGAGACUCUGAUGGUUGGCUUGGUGAAGACUGCGGGAGGCAGUCGGAUCCUGCCCAGCUCAGACACGGUCACCAUCAUCAUCCUGGCUAACGACAACGUGGCUGGGGUGGUGGGCUUCCACUCAGCCUCACGCUCUGUUAUCGCCAGAGAGGGGGAGAGGCUGCCCCUGCUGGUGAGCAGGACAGCUCCCGGGCUGGGGAACGUCACAGUAGACUGGGCCAUUCAAGGACCCCGCGUUGGCAGGACCUUCACACCCACCUCAGGACUACUAUUCUUCACUGGGGGAACACUGGACACCACCAUAGUCCUCCAGCUGCUUAAAGACUCAAAACCUGAGGAGAAGGAGCUGUACAGGGUGAUCCUGUCCAACGUCCGCACAUAUGGUGUUCUGGUAACGGGUCAUGGAGCGCUGGAUGACCAGGGGCGCGAGGCGGUGGUUACCGUGGAGACCAGUGAUGGGCCGUUUGGGAUGCUUAGCAUCGCCCCGUCCUCCCUCAGUCUGACCACGGAGGAGCGCGACGGCACCCUCAAUGUCUUCAUCAACAGAGAGUUUGGGGCUUCAGGUGUAGUGAAUAUCAGCUAUGAGACGGUCCGAGGAUCCCUCCAGGACCUUUCCCAGGUGGAAGGGGGCGGGGCCCUGGCUGAACCAGGACAGGACUUCCUCUCUGUAUCGGGCUCAGUAAUCCUGCAGGAUGGACAGAUCUCUGUGGCCAUCCCUGUCACCAUACUGGAUGAUGACAUCCCUGAGUUGGAGGAAUUUUUCCUGGUCAACGUAACGUCUGCAGUACUCAUCACCACCCUCACACCCGGUCCUAAACUAGAUACACAUGGUUUGGUGGCAGAAAUCAGCAUUGGUGCCAAUGAUGGAAUUCGAGGUGUCAUUGAAUGGACAAAUACUAACUUUGAGGUGAAUGAGACCAUGGGUAUGCUGAACCUGGUGGUCUACAGGAGCUCAGCGACCUACGGAAACGUGUCACUCUUCUUCUACACUCAGAACCUGGAAGGUCAGCUGGGUCUGGACUACAAUGCCACACCAUCGAUGCUCCACUUCGCUGAUGGCGAGAGGCAUCAGUUUGUUGAGGUGCAGAUCAUUGAUGACGUCAUCCCAGAGGGAGCUGAAAGGUUCCAGCUCAUUCUGGCUAAUCCAUCAUCUGGGCUAAAGCUGGGAGCCAAUACCACAGUAACGGUGAACAUCUUGGCCAGCGACGAUGGCCACGGUGUCAUAUCCUUCAACAGCAGCCAGCCCUUCCUGCUGAGGGAGCCCACGUCGCUGUCCGGGCUGGGGGAGAGCGUUGCCACCCUGUACGUUGUGCGUGACCCACCCCAGGGCACCUUCGGCACCGUCACUGUCCAGUUCACCAUUACAAACGCCAACGGAACACUGGCCCAGGACGACCUCAUACCCUGGCAGGGCUUUGUGGUGCUGGAGGACGGAGUCAAGUUCAAGACUUUGGAGAUCUGGGCAGUUCUGGACGCUGAGCCUGAGGUGAACGAGACAUUCAUGGUGACCCUGUCCAGUCCAACUGGAGGGGCACGGCUUGGAGACACACUCUACACAGUCAUCACUGUGCUGCAAAACUCCGCCCCUCUGGGCCUCUUCCGCAUCGCCUCCUCCCUCAACAGGACUGAUAGCUCUGUGGUGGGGAAGGAGGGCGGUAGGACCGUGUUCUUGACUGUGUCCCGCAGUAAAGGUCUGGAGGCAGCGGUCAGUGUGGAGUGGGAUACUCAGUCGGACACAGCUGUUGCCGUGGGCUGGUGUUCCCUGGCUGGUGGAGCCUCUCCUCUGGCCAUGAGGCUAGACAGGCCCUCAACUGGAGGCUCCAACCAGACCCACGCCACUCUUUACAGGUGGCAGGGGGUGUUGGUGCCUAUACAGUCGGUGACGAUCCAGGACCCUGGGAUGUGUGUGGGUUUCUCUGUGAAUGGCUCAUCCUAUGUAGCGAUCACACAUGGCGCCCUCCCGGACUCCCCUGCUGUCAACCUCAGCCUGUUCAGAGUGCAACAGGACCUCAAUCUAACCCUGGAACAAUCACUGGCUGUUGAAGCUCUUGAUGUUAAACACUUCUCCAUUGAAAAAAGACACUACUUGAUUGCCUCAAGCCAGGUGUUCGUUUGGACCGGAAGUGUCUUGGCUCUCCAUCAGAGCCUGGAGCUUCAGGGUGUCCUCAUCGUGUCUCCCUUCUCCCAUGGGACCAGCCUCUACCUGGUUGCCUGUGUGAGGAUAAAGACGGGCGAUGGCUGUGUGCUGUUCCAGUGGAGUGGAGGGCACUUCCAGAACCCUAGGCCUCUGCCUGUCAGCAGCAGAGCUCAACAAGUAGAGUCUCUCAACAAAGGAGCAGACACUCUUCUUUUGGUCGUCACCGAAGGUUCCUCUUCCUCCUGUGAGGUGUUUGUAUGGGGUUCCCAGCAGCUGUUCCCCCAGCACAGCCAGUCUAUCCCCCAUCCUGGCCUGGCCUCUGCCCAGCCCUUCACUCUACCCUCAGGGAUCACCCAUCUCCUGCUGGCCGGGAGCAACGGCUCAGCGCUGUACACCUGGAGGUCUGACAUCAUGCUGUUUGCCCUGGUGCUCACGUCUCCUCCAGCCUCCAAAUUCCUCUCUCUCCCUCUCCCCUACAUCAACACCACUAAGAGCCUCCUAGCAGCCACCGAGCCCUCAGGCACCACUAUGUAUGAGCUCACCUCUGUCUCCAACCGUUCCGACUUCAUACCCAGCUAUGGCGAGUUGCGUUUUGUGCCUGGUGACCGGGAGUUGGAGAUUGCGGUGAACGUCGUCGACGACGAUGUCCCAGAGGAGGACGAACAGUUCCGGGUGGUCCUGAAGAAUCCCAAGGGAGGGGCUGAGAUUGGCUUUGGUGGUCAGGUGACCGUGCUUAUUCCAACCAAUGAUGACGCCCAUGGAGUCAUAGGCUUCACACAGGGCUCUCUAUCUGUGGAAGUGGAGGAGUUGACGAAGGGCAACCCUAUCUCUCUGAGUGUUGAGAGGAGGAGAGGGACCUUCAGGAGACUGACCAUCCACUGGGCAGCCAACGGCAGUCUGGAAGACAUCUUUCCCACGUCAGGAGUGGUGACGUUUUCCCAGGGCCAGGUGGUGGCUACAAUCUAUCUGACCGUGCUAGCAGAUAGCAUCCCUGAGCUGAAGGAGAGGGUCACCAUCACCCUGCUGGAUGUCACCACGGUGGGUCUAGACCAGCUCUCCAGGGGAGCGCUGAUUGACCCCCAGAGAGCACAGGCCCUCCUCACCAUCUUGCCCAACGGCUCACCCUACGGGUUGAUAGGCUGGCACCUGGACUCCCAGUACCUCCUCACACAGGAGCCUCAGACGAAUCCCACUAAUGUCACCCUGACCAUUGUGAGGGAGCAGGAGGCUUCUGGGGAGGUGGCAGUGCACUACCAGACAGGACCAGCCCUAUCUAAGCCCCCCUCCAACCAGGCCAGCGCCCCACAGGACUACACACCCCGGGAGGGCACCGUCAUCAUGAAGGAGAACGCCACCCUUGCCCUCAUCACCAUCACCAUACUACCGGAUGAGGCUCCGGAGCUGGCUGAAAGUUUCCUGGUGAACAUCACAGGCGUGGAACUAGUGGGGGGGUUGACUGGGGCGGCCCAGCCCAGUGUGAAGAGGCCUGGCAUGGAGGUGGCUGAGGUCACCAUCCAGGAGAACGAUGACCCACGGGGGGUCCUGCAGUUCAACGUCUCCCAGGAAGAGUCUGGAGAGUUGCUGGCCUAUGAGGUGGCUCCGCCCAGAAACGUCCUCCGUCUAGCAGUGGUGCGAUUGGCUGGCAGGACUGGGAGAGUGGUGGUGUACUGGGAGGCUCAGCCAAUCACUGCCAGGCUCGAUGACUUCACUCCCUCUUCUGGGAAUAUCACCUUUCAAGAUGGACAGGGACAGGCCAUCAUAGACAUCAGCAUCGUGGAUGACAUGGAGGUGGAGUCUGUGGAGCGCUUCAGUGUGACUCUAAUGCGUGUGAUUGGUGGAGCCAGGCUGGGGGUGGCGAUCUCUGUGACAGUCACCAUCCCACCCAACGAUUCACCGCUGGGCAGCUUCGGCUUCCAGGAGAAGACUUUCACUAUCAGCGAGCCAGAGUUCACUAGUGACCCGGCUGCCAUGGCAACGCUGACGGUGGUGCGAAGUGCAGAAGGCGAGGGGGCGGUGACACUGAUGUGGCGCCUGGAGGACACUGCCCGGGAUGACCUUUCACCUCUCAACGGAACACUGGUCUUCAAUGAGACAGAGUCUAGGAGAACGCUGGUGAUCCGGGCUCUGGCUGACGCUGUGUUGGAGGGAGACGAGAGCUUCACUGUCCAGCUCCUGGCUGCCAAGAGUGGUGCUGUAAUCGACCCCGUUAAUGGGUCAGCCACCGUCACCAUCCUGGGAGACCGUGCAGCCCUGGGAAUAGUGGGGAUCGCUGAGGCUUCCAGGAACGUCCUCAUCGGAGAACCUCAGGGAGACUAUAAUGGGACUGCUCUGGUCAGCCUUGUACGCGGCCCUGGCAUCUUUGGAGAGAUCCAGGUGUACUGGAACAUCACUCCUGCUGUGUCCUCUGAGUUUGAGGAGCUGUCUGGCGUGGUAACCAUGAGGGACAGACAGUCUGCCGCCACCAUACGCCUCAAAGCGCUGGAUGAUGACACGGCAGAGGAGCGGCGUGUGUACCAGCUGACCUUGACCUCAGUCACGCCCGGGGCAGGGAUCAGCCCCUCGGCCCAGAGGGCCACGGUCACCAUGGCAGCCAGUGAUCUCCCCCACGGCCUGUUCUCCUUUGUCCAAGGCCUCGUCAGGGCCUCUGAGGAGGAGGGCAAGGUCAAUGUGACAGUGGUGCGCUCCAUAGGCAGGUUUGGGAGUGUUUGGGUAACCUACCAGACAGCAGGCAGUGUAGCGGUCAGUGGAGUGGACUUCACCGGUGCCUCGGGUAGGCUUCUGUUUGGCCCAGGCCAGACCACGCGUGGGGUCACGCUGAGUAUCCAUGACGACGACCUCCCAGAGGGACCUGAGGAGUUCUACCUCAACAUCACCACAGUGGAGCUCCUCAAUGACAGUAAUGUGGACUUCAGUGUGAGGGAGCACGGUCUGCAACGAGACCAGCCUCCAGCCAUCGGCAAAGUUUCCUCCGUCAUGAUCGUCAUCCAGAAGAGUGACAACUCAGAGGGCAUUCUGGAGUUCCUCCCUGACUAUGUCAACAUCACAGUGGAGGAGGAUGUGGGCAGUGCGUCCAUCCCGGUGGUGAGGAGGGUGGGUUACUACGGCCUGGUCACAGCAGAGUACAUCUCUAGGGGUCUGACUGCCAGGGCCGGCCUGGACUACAUCCUGGCCAACGGCUCGCUCACCUUCCUCCACGGCCACAACACCAGUCACAUCAACGUGUCCAUUAUAGACGACCUGGACAGAGAGGACGCCGAGACGUUUGAGAUCCAGCUGUCGGGUGCCACGGGCGGAGCCAUACUGGGUACUCAUCUGAUUGCCAGGGUUACCAUCGCCAAGAGCGACUCGCCCAAUGGCGUGGUCCGUUUCCUGAACGCGAGCGUGAUCACCCUGGUGAACCCCAACAGUAUCCUGAAGUUCAGCCUGCUCCUGGAGAGGGCGGGGGGGUUUGUAGGCAACGCUACGAUAACAUGGAGCAUUCUGGGUCCCAACACCAAAGAGGUCUUACCAGCCGUAAACACAGACGUUGGAGAUCCUGUGAACGGAUCAUUCCAUUUCAGAGACGGGGAGGGGGGAUUGCGCACCAUUGAUCUGAGAAUUCUACCCCAUGGGGAGGUGGAGGUGGCGGAGACCUUUGUGGUCAUGCUUCAACUCCUCUCAGGUGACAUGGACAUUGACCCCCGAGCUGGCUCUGUCACACUCAAGAUUGAGAAGUUUGGAGACCCUAAUGGCAUAGUUGAGUUGACAGAGGAGGACCUUAGAGAGCGUGUGUACAGUGAGCCCACAGCCGGCGAGGGGCCGCUCAACAUCUCCCUGCUCAUCACGCGCAGACAAGGUGUUAUGGGCAACGUCACGGUGCACUGGCAGAUCCUGAGUGACUCUGACACAGCGGGGGACUUCUCGGCCCUCAGCGGCUCCGUGGUUAUCCUGGAUGGUCAGAGAGGGGCAGAGGUGGUCCUCACUCUUCUACCCGACGCCGUGCCCGAGCUGGAGGAGCUCUACAUGCUCCGGCUGAGCUCCGUGGAGGGUGGCGCCACCCUGGACACCAACCGCAGUACCACCCUCUUCAGGGUGCGUGCUAACGACGAGCCGCACGGCGUGUUCGGCCUGGCGGCGGAGCGGCAGGCGGUGGUUGUGGUGGGGAGGGGGGCCGGGUUGGUCAGACUCCUGGCCCUGAACGUGACGCGCCAGGCUGGGGCCUUCGGCAACGCCAGUGUGGGCUACCGGAUCAGUACUGGGCCUGGGCUGAAUGGACAGGAGCUGCUAGGUGGGGCGGCUGUGGGGAGAGUCCUGAUCAAGCAUGGAGAGUAUUCAGCCUCUGACUCUGUGCCAAUCAGUACUCAGGUGUUUCUCUCAGUGGGUGUGAACUUAACUUUGGAGCUUACAGACGUGAGCCUCCUGGGACCUCUCUUCAGCUCCCCACCUCGCCUCCUACUGGAGGCCAGGGUCGCCAUAGUGACCGUCCCAGAGGAAGCAGCCAGUGCUGAGGUGGGCUUUGUCUCGUUGGCGUUGCAGGUCUCCAGUGUGGAGACGGGUGUGUGUGAGGCGCUGGUGUACAGGACGGGGUUAUUUGGGGAGGUGAGGGUGGAGUGGAGCGCAGGGUACCCCCCCGGACAGGCUCCGUUAGGAUUCAGGCCUGGAGUCAUCACCCCCAGCUCAGGCUCGGUGACAAUGGCCCAUGGAGAGAGGAGCAAGGCUGUGUCCCUCCAGGCGCUCUCUAAUGUGUCUGAGCCAGCGGCCUUCGCCCUCCACCUCACUGCAGCCGGCUCCAGCUCCCCUGCUCCUGGGGUAGCUAGACUCCGGUCAGGGUUCACGGUGGCAGAGGUUGAGCCUCUGGGGCUGUACCAGUUUGCUCCGGACUCCCGCCAGCUGGUCAUCGAGGAGGACGUGCAGACCAUCACCCUCUACGUCCAGCGGCUCUAUGGUUUUCGGAGCAACCGUACCCGCCUGUCUUACCAGACGGUGUCGGGCAGUGCCCUGGCCGGACAGGACUUCGCUGGAGUGCGGGACGGAGAGCUGUUCUUUGACUCACCUCGCCAGACCUCCGCCUUGCUCCGGUUGUCCGUUCUGGACGACGCACUCUUGGAGCCAGACGAAACCUUCUUUGUCAACCUGACAGACGUCCAGGUACUGAGUGGGGGUGGUGACCCCCAAUCGGGUGACCCCCGGCCCCAUCUCAUCCCACAACACAGUGUGGCCACCGUUACCAUCCUGGCCAGCGACUUCACGGUGGGGGUGCUGAGCAUCGGGCCGGGACUGGUUGAGACAACAGAGGACAGGGAGGAAGGGAGCCAGCAGGAGAAGAGAGUGCUCCUCAGGGUCCAUAGGUCUAGCAGUCUGGCUGGGUCAGUGAGGGUCAAGGUGCAGGCUUAUGGAGGUGGGAGUGUUGGGGGUCCAUCUCUUCCCUUUGCUCCAGAUCCCAACAAGACCCUGGCCCUGGUGGGGCAAGACUUCAAGUUGGAGUCCACCCUGGUGUCACUGCAGGGGGGGCAGAGUGAGGCCGAGGUCAGCCUCAUCAUCCUGGACGACUCUGAGCCCGAGGGACAGGAAGUGUUCUUCAUCUACCUCAGCGACCCAGAGGGAGGUGCGCAGAUCGCCGAUGGGCCCAACCAGCAGGGCUUCAGCUCAUUUGCCAAAAUCAUCAUCCUAGGGAGUGAUUUCCAUAACGGGAUAGUGGGUUUCAGUGUGAGUUCUCUGCUGGGUCAGGUUCUGGACGAGGACUCAGAAGUAAACAGAACAGCCCUACUUUACUUGCAGAGACAACAGAACAGGGCCUUUGAGGACGUUGAGGUGAAGUGGCGGGCCACGUUCAGCAGGGCGGGGCCAUCCCUGGUCAACAACGGAGUGAACCUGACACGGGAGCUGUGGCAGACCUCAGGCAAAGUGCUUUGCAGGAGAGGACAGGUCCUCUGUGUCUUCAGCAUGGAGGUCCGACAGGACCAGGAACCCGAGUACCAGGCCUGGUUCCUGGUUGAGAUCUACCAGGUGGGUGUUGGCGCUGCCAUCAAUGAAAGUUCCCGCUUUGCCAACAUCACCCUGCUGGAGAGCGAUGACCCGCUGGGGCUGGUCUACUUUGCGGUGGGGUCCAGACUGCCUGUAGCCCACCUCAAGACCACCCACCUCAGUCUGCAGGUGUACAGAGAGGCCAGCAUUGCCUCCAACAUCACCGUACUCUACCGCAUGCUGGAAGUCCCUCGGGCUGAGGCAGUAGGCCCCACCCUGAUCUGGCCUGCCGUGGCCGGGAUGGACUUUCUGAAAGAAGAGGGCCAGCUGACCUUUGACCUGGGCCAAAGGAGCAUAGGGCUGAACAUCACCCUCACCCCAGACCAGGCCUCCUCCAACCCCCCGCCGAAGCGCUUUCACGUGGAGCUGUAUGGGGCCAGUGGAGGGGCCAGAGUGCACCCUGAAUACGGCCUGGCCAACGUGACCCUGGUGUCGGGCACAGAAGCCCAGGCUGUGUGGGCCCUUUUGGACCAGCUCCAGCAGCCUCUGGACACUACCAUACUGGACAGGGUGCUCCAGGCUCUGCUCAGCAAGUUCACGGAACAGCUCACACCAGAACAACUGACCGCCGUGCUGGACGCACUGGGGAAGGUGCUUACGGAGGCAGAGCGCACCCCUAUUGCGGACAGCAGCCGUGGCUUGACCUAUGACCUACUGUGUGCCAUGGCCAACCCCAGCCGAGUUGACACAGGGGGCCUGAGCCAACUGGCAGAGGUGGCCGAGCGCUUCGCCUUCUCCCUGCUCACACACAGCCAGUGUGGAGCACAGGCUCAAAGGGGGAGGACCAUUCUGGACACUUGUGCCUACAUUUCCAUCUCUUCCUACCACUGGUACCCUACCCAGAUCAACGGGCACACGUUCACAGGCAAGAACUCAGACACCUUUCAGUUGCCAGAGAACCUCCUGGAGGUGCCAGCCUUGCCCACUGGCACCAUCUCCCCCUCAGCCUGCGGCCGGGUGCAGCUCACAGAGUACAGCACCGAACACUGGUUCCUCACCGACAAAACCACCGCGCUCAACGGCAAGGUGUUCUCUGCCAGCCUGCAGGGCCGAGGGUCACGACCCCUGACUGAGGGUAACGAGGUGGUCUACCGUAUCCACACCCCCGGGUUGAGGGUCAAACCUGGUCAGUCUCUGUGCCUUCUGUGGAGCCAGGCUGUUGAGAGCUGGCUGUCAGACGGGCAGUUCUGCAGGGUAGUGGAUGACAGUGGGAACUAUGUGGAGUGUGCAUGCUCCCACCUGUCUGUGUACACGGCCCACGCCCAGAUGGCUUCCCUGGCCUCCUACAACGAGGCCUUCUACGCCUCAGGCUUCAUCUGCAUCUCAGCUUUCGUCUUGGCCAUCAUAUCCCACCUGCUGUGUUCUCGCUUCCCCAUGUUUGCUGCCAAAUUGCUCACCCACAUGAUGGUAGGCUGCCUUGGGACACAGAUCUGUUUCCUGGUGUCUGCGUUUCGUGGCCGUGUCUACUCAGAGGACAGCUGUGCCGUUCUGGGCCUCUUCUCCCACUACUUCCUCCUGAGCCAGUUCUGCUGGAUGCUACUCCAGGCGGUAAACUUCUGGCAGGUGUUGGUGAUGAACGAUGAGCAGACAGAGAGACGUUACCUGGUCUACUUCCUGCUGGGCUGGGGACUUCCUGCUCUGGUCAUCAUCAUCCUGGUCAUCGUUCUGCUGGGGGGCUUUGGCUGGACCAUACACAGUGUCUACGGCCUGGUCCAUGGGGAUGUGUGUUUCAUUCCUAAUAUCUAUGCUGCUCUGUGUACAGCAGCCCUGGUGCCUCUCAUCUGCCUGGUUGGGGUACUGGUGGUGUUUAUCCAUGCCUACCAGGUCACACAGCAGUGGAAGGCCUACGACGACGUGUACCGCGGGCGCACCAACAGCUCAGAGGUGCCCAUGGUGCUGUACCUGUUUGCCCUGGUGUCCCUGGUGUUGCUGUGGGCAGGACUACACAUGGGCUACAGAUACCUGUGGAUGCUCAUCCUCUACGUCAUCUUCAACCUCCUGCUGGGCCUAUACGUGUUUGCUGUGUACUUCCUGAUGCACAACCAGCUAUGUUGGCCAGCCAAGGCUAGCUACACGGUGGAGAUGAACGGCCAGGGCAGUCCAGACUCCGCCUACCAGGGAGGGGGUGCCGCCACCAUAGGGGGGGAGAUCACCAAGUCCACCCAGAACCUCAUCAGAACCAUGGAGGAGGUGUCCGCGGACUGGGAGCGUGCGUCUCUGCGUCCGGACAGCCAGCCCAGCAGUGUGUUUAAGCAGAGCCCUCAGGGCGGAGCCUACGCCACCAACGGAGGUUUCAUCAACACCAACCUAGUGGCCGACGAUGAGUCCCAGGACUUUGAUGACCUCAUAUUUGCCUUAAAAACUGGAUCGGGCCUUAAUCUGAGUGACAACGAGUCGAUCCCCGGGAGCCAUGACGAUGGGAGUACGGCCCCGUCUCAGAUAGUAGAACUAAGACGUAUCCCCAUCGCAGACACACACCUCUAACCUCACACGUUGUUAUACCACAGAGAACAACACAAGUGGUUUUAUAUUUCUACUGCCUUUGCACUAAAACAUCACGUUUUUUUUAGUAGUUUUGGUUUUUCGUCAGUUGUUUGAUGUCAUGAAAGCCGGUGAUGUUUUGGUCUGUUUUUAUAUGAAUAUAUCAAUGUGUUACUAAAUGAAUGUGUAAAGGUUCUCGACAGAGUUUUUUAAGCUGAUUUGAUCUUUCCUGGGUGUAAAUUAUUUUGUAUAGUUUUUAGGACAAAAGCCAGCACCCUCAAACCUGCUGCUAAGGUUUCUGUAACAUUGUUAAUAAAUAUUUCAACAGAUA